CGACGUGGAGAGCGACGGGGAAGCGGGCCACUCGGUGGCGGGGUCGUCGGACGAGUCCGAGCCAGCCAAGGACAUGCAAGAGAUGAAGGCCAUGAUGAGCAACUUGCUCGACGAGAUCACCAAAUCGAGGUCGGAAUCACCGCGUGCCCCCACGAGUCGGAGUGCCUCGUCUGCCGCAUCUCCUGGAGAGAGCAGUCGCGCCCGCUGGGAGAGAGUCCCCAGUGUCAACGCGGACUCCAGCACGGACAUGCAUGUGGACAGGAUGAUCGACCGGCUGAAGCGCUUCGAGGACACGAUCAAUGCGGACAAGGCCUCUCCUGGAUGCAAGCCUUUGCAGGACGCUUCGUCCACGUCGGCCACGGCGGGAUCAACGGCGUGCCCUACCAUCGACCUGGGGGCGAAGGAGGCGCUGGAGGCGGGCCUCACCUCCCGCGUGGCGCCCGAGCUGCUGGUCCAGACCUACGGGAAGUACGGCAGCAUGGUGAAAUUCGCGACGGACUGGGCUCGCCUCAAGGGGUUGAAGCGCAACCACAUCGGCCACGAGAUGAUGCUGCACUGCAUGGCGCUGGACUGGAUGCUGGAGGCUUCGCCCGAGUUCAUCCAGACGGCGGGCUGCGAGAUCUUAUGCGCGCGAGUUUAUGCUUUGAAGCGGGCGUUCAAGGACGUGGCAUGCAUCGACGACUGGAAGCAGCCCCGGGGCAGCGGGGCCAACAAGUGGAAGUCCAAGGUGCGCUGGGACCUCGCGAACGAGUUGGACUGGAGGUCCCUCGCGGAGGGCGAGGAGGCGCUCCCAGGCGUGGAGCGCGACUUGACGGCCAGGCUGCAGCAGAAGGCUCUCUUCCAGAAGUAUCUGCAGAAGGGGGGUUCGGACGCAGUGAAGGAGGAG